AUGGAUGCGACGAUUGGAGAGUCUGCGCCCUCCGUGGAGAGGGCAUUCGAGGGGCAGCCAUACCAUGGGUUCUGGGGGCAGGUGACGCUGCGAGCCAUGGUCGUCGCGGUGUUGCUUGGAGGCAUGUUCUCUCUGAUGACAUUGCGGAUCUACAUGCAAGUCGGGAUCGUAGGGGCAUUCAACAUGCCUAUGAACAUCCUCAGCUUCGUCACUCUCAAGAGCCUUGUUGGCCUGAUGCGGCGCUGCGGUAUAUCUGCGGUGCCGUUCACGCGCCAGGAGAAUAUAUUCCUCCAGACCAGUUCCAUCACCUGCGUUAACGUUGCACUCUCAAGUGGUUUGGCAACGUACGUUAUUUCAAUGACUUCUAAGGUAGCAAAAGCUCUUAGUGAUAACCCAGAUCAAAGAGACAUUGUUGACGACUUAACGAUGGGAAGAUAUGGGUUGUUCCUUGUCGUCGCAGGUUUAGUGGCAGUAAUGUCAAUGGUGCCGCUGGUGCAGAUCAUGAUUGUUGACUACAGACUGCUAUUUCCAACCGGCUCAGUCGUGGCUCACCUUAUCAAUAGUUUUCAUACCCCUUUGGGAGCUUAUGUAGCAAAGUUGCAAGCUAAGACUAUACUGAAAUCAUUUAUAGGAAGCUUUUGUUGGUCUCUGUUCCAAUGGUUCUAUACUGGAGGAUCAAGUUGUGGAUUUACGUUCUUUCCUACGUUUGGACUAGAACUAUAUAAGCGUAGAUUCUCUUUUGAUUUCUCUGCGUCAUUUGUUGGUCUUGGUAUGAUUGUCCCACAUGUUGUAAACUUUGGACUGCUUUUUGGGGGCAUCAUCUCUGGAGGAAUCAUAUAUCCUUACCUUGAAAGUAAAAGAGGGCAAUGGUAUUUCACUGAGAAUCCUUCAACUUUGAAUGGCAUCAAUGGAUACAAGGAUUCAGGGGUGACUAAAUAUAUCUUGAAACACCCCAGCCUUAACUAUGACGAUCGGAAAAGGCUUGAGGUAUUUAUUGGUAACCGUCUCCCGGUGUUUGGAGGAGUGACCGGAUACAUUGGGAUCGCAUUAAUAUGUUCAGUUAUUACCCCUUGGAUCUUCCAUGAAAUCAAGUUCCAUCACUUAGUCUUAUUAUUCAUCAGUAUACCUGUGUUUACCUUCAGUAAUACAUACGGAACAGGUCUCACAGAUUGGUCAGUUGCACCAACUUAUGCCAAGUUCGUACUUUUCCUUGUAGCAGCAUGGUUCUCGAAACCUGGUGCAGUCAUCGCUGGCAUUGCAGCUUGCGCUGUAGCCAUGAUGUGUCUUAAUAUUUCUUCACAGGCUGUGCAAGACCACAGGACAGGUUAUAUGACACUGACUUCCCCAAGAGUUGUAUUUGCUGGGCAUAUAUAUGGUAUACUAAUCGGUUCAGUUAUUAACCCAUUAAUCUUUCUUUUCUUUGAGCUAAAUGCCAAGAAAACUGCUCCAAUUGGAACAAAAAAAUCAGAGUACCCGUGCCCCUCCGCAGCAAUGUAUCGUGCCAUUGGCCUACUUGGUAUGGGAGGAGUGAAGGAGCUCCCUAAACACUGCCUCACCUUUUGUUUCAUUACAGUCCUCAUAACAAUAGCUCUCGAGAUAGUUAGAUUGGUGUCUCAGAGAAAAGAUUGGAAACUGCAAUAUUACAUCCCUUGCAUGACAGCAAUAGCACUACCAUUCCUCUCUGGACCUACCUUCACCGUCGAUAUGACCCUAGGUAGUAUAUUGUUAAUCAUUUGGACUAAAGUAAACAGACAAAGUGCAGAAAUAUUGUCAUCGGCAGUUGCAGCAGGCUUAGUAAGUGGAGAUGGAAUAUGGUAUCUACCAUCAGCAUUACUAGGCCUCUUCAAUGUGGAACCUCCAAUGUGCAUGAAGUUCCUAGCAAGUGGAAAAGAAGUGCAGAUCGCGGAUGCAUUUCUAAAUACUUUAGGACACAAGGAAUGACAUGAUAAACAGAGGCAGAUACGGAUUUUUAUGUCUUGGAAUUUAUUGUGGUCUUUAUCAUGUAACUUAAUUUGCAUGUAAAUUUAUGUUUUAUAAAUAAAUAUUUGACAAAAAGUUUCAU